ACCCACACUAUACAUACACACUGUGUCUCAAUGGCCGUACAGAUUCAUCAACUCUGCCGGCCGGUACCACCACCACCGUCUACGACGGCGAUCGGCUCACUGCCGUCAUGCUUUACAAAGCAGUCUACAGUUUCCGGAGACCGUUACCCGUUUAAAUCUGUGAAUAAGAAGAAAGGACUGAGGUCAUUGGUGACGGUUAGGUCAAGUUUGGAAACCGCGGUGGUUGUCGGUCAGGUGACGGAGGUUAGUCAGGAUACGUUUUGGCCGAUUGUGAAUGCAGCCGGUGAUAAGACUGUUGUUCUCGAUAUGUACACUCAGUGGUGCGGUCCUUGCAAGGUCAUUGCUCCAAAAUUCAAAGAAUUGUCUGAGAAGUAUCUUGAUGUGGUCUUUCUAAAGCUUGAUUGCAAUCAGGACAACAAGGCAUUAGCAAAGGAGCUAGGAAUAAAGGUGGUCCCUACCUUCAAGAUACUGAAAGACAGUAAGAUUGUAAAAGAAGUUACAGGGGCUAAGUUUGAUAAUUUAGUUGUGGCAAUAGAGGAGGUUAGAUCUUCUUGAAGUAUACAUCUUUGUGUAUAAUAUUAAAUAAAUAAUAUAUAUUUAUCUGGCUGUUAUUCCACUUUGAUUUCAUUAGAGUUUGUAUCCUCUUCUAGAAA